UUUUCUUAUUAUAAACUACCUGCCUAAUUGGGUACAAAGGGCUGAAAGCUAGGAAAGUCACAGCGCACCUUUCAUCUCUUUUUUUCCCACAGGAAAACACACAAGUAAGGAUUUGAUAUUACAGAGAGAAAAAAUAAGAUUUCAAACAUGAGUCUUCCUUGGCUCUUGCUAUUGGUUGCAGCUCUCUUUCGACACUCAGUUGCUAGUGAAGGCAACACUACUUCUCCAGUGGUCAAGUCUACGCAAUCCACAAAAAGCACCUUUUCUCCCCUUCCUGACCCAAACAAAAACUUAUCUGUACUACAUCUCAGUUAUAAGAACAUUACUUUGAAUGAGAAUGAAAUAACAGGUCUUCACAAAUAUAUUAAUACCAAAGAACUAUACCUGAAUAAUAAUACUAUUGCUGUUUUGCGUAAUUACAGCUUCGAUGGUCUUUCAGAACUAGCAAUUCUAGAUCUCAGUAACAAUUUUAUCACAACAGUGGAACAAGCAGCAUUUGCUGGUUUAAAUAAACUAACAGCAUUGUAUCUUCAGAAUAAUAAUAUUGCACAAAUAGAUUCUAAUGUUUUCACACUGCUAGGAAGUUUGAAGAUCUUGAAUCUACAAAAAAACCGCCUGGCCAAUUUUGACAUUAAAGUAUCACUUAAUUUAAUCAGCAUUGCAUUAAGUGAAAAUCCAUGGAAUUGUUCAUGUGGCCUCCUUAGUUUGCAAGAUUGGCUGAAUAACACCAAUGUAACUAUGGAAAAUGAGAAUACUACUGUGUGUGCUUCUCCAAGCAGUCUGAAAAAAUAUCCUAUCAAAACAGUGUUUCUACCAAAUUGUCCGAAGAGACGGACCACUGAAGCAACCGCCAUACCUUUCCAGUCUAUUGAUUCAAGCAAUGAUACUGUAUUGGCUGCAUACAAUGGUACAAUUAGAAAGUCAUUAUCUUCAGGUUUUCAACCCCCUGGAAAAAGCUGGACCUUUCUGAUGGGUGUCCUAGUAGUUAUUGUUGGCACAACAUUAUUGAUAAUUAUGGCCAUCAAGUUUCCAGUGUGGUACCGUUAUUUGAUUAGCUAUAAUCAUAGCCGUCUGGAUGAAGACGAACCUGAGAUGUUUGAAGAAACAUUCACGCCUCAUAUGUCUGCACUUCCACAGACACCAGAUAACUAUGAAGACGAAUCUGUAAUAGUUUUUGAGCAAUUUCACUCAUUUGUUCCAGAAGAUGAUGGAUUUAUUGAAGAUAAAUACAUUGAAUCAUGAAAAUUUACUAUAAAUACCGCAGACAAAACAUCACUCCUCUGUCAUGAAAUAUCAACAGAGAGCUGUAGUAGUUGCAGAUCUAUAAACUAUGGAGCUAAAACUAAUUUGCCACUGUCUGUGAUUAAUCAAAGAAUGGAUGAUUUAAUGUAGAUGUAUGAUUUUCUUGCAAAGAAAAAAACAACUACUCAGUGACAUAUUAGUGGAUCAUCUAGCUUUUCAUAUCUAAAUUAAUGCAUUUCCUUUGAGUAAAAGAAAGAGAAGCAUAGUUGUGUAUAUUUCAGCAGGAAAACUGGUGUUCAUCAUGCUCAGUGAUCCACAUUAGGCAAAUCAUUAAAAAGGUCUGCCUUAAGAGUUUUAAAAGGCAACUAUCACUGAUGGAGGAAUGAAAUCUGCACAUGAACAGAAAAUAUUUAACUUCUGUAGUUUUUUUUUAAAAAAAAUAACUGUUUUUGUUGCACUGUACAAACACAAUGUGGAAAAAGUUACGUAUUUGUUUGAAAAAUCUGUUUCCUUACUAGGACGUUAAGCUCUGAAGCAGAUACAAUUGCCUUUCUUAUUUUUUUAUUAUUAGAAUCAAUUCAGUUGCAGAGUAGCUGCCAUACAACUGUGGCUGAACUUAUCAGCUAUAGUAUUUAUCUCAUAGUGAAUGAAUUAAACUAAAAUAUUGGGCAUGAAAGACGCAUACUGAAUUGCGAAGGGCCUCUUCUUGCCCAAUUUAUCAGAACUUCAAUUAUGUGCACUUUGAUUGAACAGUAACCAUUGCCACACUCUCUUUCUCCUCACUUCCCAACACAAUUUUUUUAAGGAUUAAUAUGGUGGACAUAGAAAUUACUGCUGUUUCACAAUAUUUGUGGAAAUUUCCAGGGUUAGCUGUAGCAAACAUAUAAAGUGCGAAGGGAGACACAGGUCUUCAAGGUCCUGAGCACUAACAUGAACAAGCCCCAGGAAGUUAUAUUUGGCACCAUAACAACAUAAGGACCACUCCUAUGAACUUUUCAAUUCUGAAAUGUUUAAUUCAGACACUUACUUUUGCCUUUCGGUAAAUAUAAUGUCAAUGCCUUGAGCUUCAUGAUCGUUUUGUGCUUUCAGCUAUUAAAAUGACAAAAAACAAACAAAAACAGUAACUUCAUCCUAAGACAAGCUAUUUCUAUUGUUGUUUCUA